GCGCAGGCGCGCGGCCCGUGACGGCACGGGGGGCGGGGCGGGGGCGCGCGGGGCGCCGGGGCUCAGUCGGCGGCAGCGAGCGGGGCGGCGCCGCCAUGUCCAUGGAGGACCCCUUCUUCGUGGUGAAGGGGGAGGUGCAGAAAGCAGUGAAUACUGCCCAGGGGCUCUUCCAGAGGUGGACGGAGCUCUUGCAAGAUCCCUCUAUAGCCACAAGAGAAGAAAUCGACUGGACCACUAAUGAGCUCAGGAACAAUUUGCGGAGCAUUGAGUGGGACUUGGAAGACCUGGAUGAAACGAUUAGCAUUGUUGAGGCAAACCCUCGGAAAUUCAACCUCGAUGCAACGGAGUUGGGUAUACGGAAAGCCUUCAUCACAAGCACGCGGCAGGUGGUCAGGGAAAUGAAGGAUCAGAUGUCAAACUCUUCCAUGCAGGCACUGGCUGAAAGAAAAAACAGGCAGGCACUCCUGGGAGAAAGCGGGAGUCAGAGUUGGAGCUCUGGACCCGACAAAUACAGCCGUCUGGAUCGGGAGCUGCAAUUGGCAAAUUCACACUUCAUUGAGGAGCAACAAGCUCAACAACAGCUGAUUGUCGAGCAGCAAGAUGAGCAGUUGGAGCUGGUCUCUGGCAGCAUCGGGGUGCUGAAGAACAUGUCCCAGCGCAUUGGCGGGGAGCUGGAGGAACAGGCAGUGAUGCUGGACGACUUCUCUCAUGAAUUAGACAGCACUCAGUCACGGCUUGACAACGUCAUGAAGAAGCUUGCAAAAGUGUCUCACAUGACUAGUGAUCGACGGCAGUGGUGUGCAAUUAUCAUCCUCUUUGUUAUCUUGCUGGUGGUGCUCAUCCUGUUUUUUGUCCUGUGAUGGACUGAACUUCCUUGGACGCCCCCCUUCCUGUCCCCCCGCCCCCUUAAAACGGGGAAAUGAAACUGUUACUGUUUCCGUCCGCCCUCAGAGAUCCCUGCAGAGAAAACCUGCACCCAGCUCUUACCGUUCUCCUCCGAGGACCUAACGCCUGUGGCUUGGCUCCGCCGUGGUCUGACUGUCUCGUCACCUGGCCCUGGGGAGGGGGGAUGGAGGCUUCGAGUGGUUUGUGGCUCCUCUGUGCCAGGGCUGUGCCGCUCUGGGCAGCGGGCUGCCUCCUCUCCCGGUGCGGCAAGGAGGGCACUAGAUCUGCACCUAGGCAGCUGGAAAGGACUUCACCACUGUGUUUCCACCUCUGCAGGUAUGAGCCGGUUGCAGCCUGGAAGCGGCCCCAAGCCGCCCAGGGUCAGUCGCAGGAACAGAGCAGCAAUUCCUUGCGGGGGGGGGAGGGAGGAGGGGGUUACUUCACUGAGCAUUAGGAGCAGCAUCGCCAGCUGGCUGCGUCGCACUCGUACCCUCGCGGGUGGUCGCAGGAGGCAGGGGGGCCCCGGAGCACUGCCUCUCCCGGCUGCUGUUUUUGUUUCUACUCGGGCCACCUUCGCUGGGCAGCUGGGCCCAGGGCCCCCUCACCGCGGCGAGCGUUUCAUGCGCGCCAAGCCGCGGCGGGCGCCUGCUGACCAAAAGCGUUAGUCAGGAGAGCGCCGGCUCUCGGCUGCUGACGGAGACCAGUGUGAAUGUGCACCUGCGUGUCCGAGGCGAGGCCAGGGCAUGCGGGCCGGGCUGCGGCUGCCCGCGCGCUGGAUCACCUUCCUCUCCGUGGCGGGGUCUGACCCCGCGCGGCGACGCGGAAUUCGCUCUAAAAUACUACAGUGAAUCUGGAGCAAAACAUAAACAUCCAAGACCCCUGGGCUGCAACAUACACUGCAUGUAGGUGAACCGCAGGGUAUACUGUCCUGCCGUUGGUGAGACAGUUGUCACGAGAAACUCCAGAGCUUUAAACCUGCGUUAAUGCACUGCAAGCUGGAAGGUGGCAGACAAACAUUAGCCUGAGGGUAAAUUUCGUAAAGCUUUUAAAAGCCUCCUUCAUUAUACAAGCCUCUGAAGCUCAUUGACUGAUGCUUUCCUUGCCCUUGUAUGACUGAAUAACUGCUUCUGUUUAACAGCUGCUUCCCUUUGGCAAGUGAUUUGUCAGUUCUAAAAUAAGUUAUUUUUUUUUUUAAAGGAAAAGAAUGUUUAAGAUUUUUUUUGAUGACCGUUAGAGCCAUGUUCUCUCUGUGGAUGCAAGAUGUGCAUUUUCAGAGGAAUAGGGCUUAAUUAUGUAUUUUGACUGCAUAUGAACAUGUAAAUAGAAUGUCUUAACUUUUCCCAACCAACAUUUUUUGGAAACUUUCUUUGUAGGAAACCAAAAGGCAUGAAAUUCAAAGCCAGGUCACUUCUCUGUGUUACUGCCCAGUCCUUUUGUUACCUUUGACUUGUCCCAGAAGUGUUGGUUAGGUCUAGUUUUCUUGCUCUUACCAUGAAUUAGGAGUUACAGCCAAUUAGUUGAAACCAAAAUGUGGUCUAGAAAGCUCACCCUGGCAGUAUUACUGGGAGAAAUGCAAGUAGGGGGUUUGUGCUGCAAUAAUUGCUUGCAGAAAUAUGGGGUGACUCUUGAUUUAAAACAAACCAAAACAAAACAACAAAAAACAACUUAUUAAAAUCUGUUCCCUUAUUUAAGUUUCUUUAGGGAAAGAAACAGAGUCAGGACGAGCUGACUUACACUGCCCAUCUGUGUCUCAGAUGGGGCUGGGGGAGGAAGUUAGUUCGUGCUGACGCUGAGACCUCUGCAAAAACUGCAAACUACCCCUGAAAACCAUCUGCCCUGGGAGUGAAAUUCACUGUCUAGGUGACUUCAGUCACCUGGAUUUUUAGGCCAUGCUUAACAUUCCUCUACGCACUGGUGUUUGUGGCUCCGUUGAAGCUGCAGCAUGAUUUACUGUUCGCGUGGUGAUGCGCUGAAGGUAGGCAGCAUCGUGCCUUUCACCGCGAGGUGCGGGAAGAAACCAUAUCACGCUGCCCCGCUGAGUCGGGGUGGAAGCUGUUGUGAUUAACGCACACGUGUCCUUAACACUAACAUGCAAAAAUUAUUUUGGCGAUUGCUCUUAAUUAUUGCAGAGCAUCUUGUUUCUCUCGGUUACAUUGUAUUAAAUACAUGCUGUCUCCGAUAA